GUCCGUGCUUGGCGGCCAAACAAUGCCACAAAUUAGUUCGAACGCACAGCUCGAGGGAAACGUUUCGCCAACACCGAUACCGACCCAGACAACGACGUCCCGCUUUGAUGAUAAUCUCCAGAAUAAUAAUAUUAGCAACAAGCACAGCGGCCACGGCAACAUUAACAACAACCACAGCAGCGGCGGCGGUGGCGGCGGCAAUCACCAGCAGAACGACUCCAGCCUCGGCGGCCUCGGCAGCCCCCUGAAGAGCCCCAAGCGUAACAUCUCGUCCAGCUUCCGGAUACAGAAUGCCCCCUACGAUGAGGACGAGGACCUAACGGCCGGCGACUUGCAGCCAGACAUCGCCGGUGCAUCUGCUGCAGCAGCUGGAAGUGGUCCUGGUGUUGGUGUUGGCAAUCGGCACGUACCCGGCACGGACUACUGGCAGCCAAGGAACGGCGGCGGCUCAGUCCACGGCGGUGGAGUCCAGAGUGGUAUCCAAAGCGGCCAUCAGAGUCGGGCCCUCAGCCCGAGCUACCUGGACAACAUGAGCGAGAACUCGGAGCAACCGCCUGUUGUGCCCCUGGUGCGGUCCAAGUCGCGGCCGGAGAUCUCCAGUGCGGCGGCCUCCCGCUACUCCAAUCUGUCCUACUGGAAGGCCCGGCGCGUGGUUUUCUACCGCAACGGGGACCCGUUCUUCCCGGGGGUGGAGCUGCGCUACAGACCCGGGCGCGAUGUCACGUCGUUGGACAACCUUCUGGACAAGAUAUCGCCCAAGAUGGAUUUGCCGCGUGGGGCACGCUAUGUCUUCUCCAUGGACGGCGACCGGAAGUAUCAUCUGGACGAGCUGGAGGAUGGCGCCUUCUAUGUGGUCUCCUCGUUCAAGGCGUUCAAGCCUGCCAGCUACGGCAAGAAGAACGGGAUGUGGUAUGCAUCGCCUGGAAAUCAGGGCUGGGGCUCCAAGCCCGCCAGUCGGAAGCCCUCAAUAAUGGAAGCGGAUUUGGGCACAUUAUCGACCACAUCAGGCUCGAUAAAGCGCAGUGCCGGCCGUGUGAUACGCAUCAUCAAUAAUUUGGAUCAUUCGGUGCAGUGUCGCGUUUUGUUGAACCUACGCACCUCGCAGCCAUUCGAGGAAGUGCUCGAGGAUUUGGGUCAAGUGCUGAAAAUUAACGGAGCAAAGAAAAUGUACACAGGCACUGGCCAGGAGGUCCGCAGUUUCUCCCAGCUGCGGAACGAGUUCGCCGACGUGGACACCUUCUACCUGGCCACGGGCACUGCUCUGAUUGCCGGCUCACCCAUCAGACGGUCGCGGUCGAGACCCUCGGUGGUGGCCGCCGCCCCCAUACUGCCCACGGAUGAGCUGCCCAAGGUGCCGCUGCGUGGGGCAAGGCCUAGGAGCAAGAGCCGGCCGCGCAUACUGUACGCGCCGGAGAGCGAGAUAUUGCGACCGAAUGGGGAGUACACCAUGCUGGACAUCAUGAAGGAGGAGCCCACCAAGGUUACGAUCAGGGGCUUGCGGCGUACCUUCUAUCCGCCCGUUCACCAUGCGCCGGCUGACAACUCGCCGCCGGACAAAAAGUUGCAGCUCCAAUGGGUUCAUGGCUACCGUGGCAUCGAUGCUCGCCGGAACCUGUGGGUCUUGCCGUCCGGGGAGCUGCUCUACUACGUGGCCGCUGUGGCCGUGCUCUUCGAUCGGGACGAGGAUGCUCAGCGCCACUACACAGGCCACACUGAAGAUAUUAUGUGCAUGGAUGUGCACCCCUCCAGGGAGCUGGUGGCCUCGGGGCAGAAAGCUGGACGCGAUCGCAAGUCGCAGGCGCAUGUACGGAUCUGGAGCACCGAGUCCUUGCAGACACUCUACGUUUUUGGCAUGGGCGAACUAGAUAGUGGCGUCACUGCCGUGGCAUUUUCGCAGCUGAACGGAGGCAGCUACAUCCUUGCCGUGGACAGCGGCCGUGAGAGCAUCCUGUCCGUUUGGCAGUGGCAAUGGGGUCACCUGCUGGGAAAAGUAGCCACACUGCAGGAGGGCCUAUCGGGCGCCGCAUUCCAUCCGCUGGAUGAUAAUCUCAUCAUCACACACGGGCGCGGCCACCUGGCCUUCUGGCAUCGGCGCAAAGAUGGCUUCUUCGAGCGGACGGAUAUUGUCAAGCAGCCAUCGCGCUCGCACGUAACGAGCGUGCAAUUCGAGCCGGAUGGCGAUGUCAUAACAGCCGACUCGGAUGGCUUUAUCACCAUCUACUCUGUGGACUCCGAUGGCGCCUACUUUGUCCGCACCGAGUUCGAGGCCCACAACAAGGGCAUCGGCUGCCUGAUCAUGCUCGGGGAGGGAACGCUGCUGUCGGGCGGCGAAAAGGACCGCAAGAUAGCCGCCUGGGACUCCCUGCAGAACUACAAGAAGAUUGCCGACACUAAGCUUCCUGAAGCCGCUGGCGGCGUGCGAACGAUUUAUCCGCAGCGUCCUGGGCGCAACGAUGGCAACAUAUAUGUCGGCACAACCCGCAACAACAUCCUCGAGGGCUCGCUGCAGCGCCGCUUCACCCAGGUGGUCUUCGGACAUGGCCGGCAGCUGUGGGGUCUGGCCGCACAUCCGGAUGACGAGCUCUAUGCGACGGCUGGUCACGACAAGCAUGUGGCGCUGUGGCGCAAGAAUAAACUGAUCUGGACCAUUCAGACGGGGUACGAGUGUGUGGCGUUGGCCUUCCAUCCGUUUGGCACUCUUGCUGCGGGCAGCACUGAGGGCCAUCUGCUGGUCAUCAACUGCGAGAACGGAGCGGUGAUGUUGACCCUUCGCGUCUGUGGCUCGCCCCUCAACUGCGUGGCCUACAAUCAGGUUGGUGACAUGAUUGCCAUGGGCUCACAGAAUGGCAGCAUUUACCUCUUCCGCGUGUCGCGCGACGGUUUUUCCUACAAGAAGGUCAACAAGAUACGCGGCUCCCAGCCCCUGACACACCUGGACUGGAGUAUGGAUGGCAACUUUGUGCAGACGGUGACAAUUGACUUUGACCUGCUGUUCUGGGACGCCAAGUCGCUGUCGCCGGAGCGCAGUCCCAUUGCCAUGAAGGAUGUCAAGUGGCUGACCAACAACUGCACUGUGGGCUUCCUGGUGGCCGGCCAGUGGAGCAAUCGCUACUACAGCACCACCAACACCAUCGUAGCCACCUGCAGUCGCUCGGCCGCACACGAUAUGCUUGCCUCUGGCGAUGCCGAGGGAUAUUUGCGUUUGUUCAGGUAUCCGUGCAUCUCGCCGCGCGCCGAAUUCCACGAGUCGAAGGUGUACUCUGGCAUGCUGGCCUGCGCCCGCUUCCUGUGCGGGGAUCACACACUCAUCACGGUGGGCGGCACAGACGCUUCGCUCAUGGUGUGGGACAUUGUCGAGGAAUAGCUGAAAUGGCCACCGUGGCGCACCACUGCCCAGUACGAGUCGUGCUACACGGAUUACUGGAAUCGCCGCACAUCGCGGGUCUCCUCCACAUUGCUGGACAGUGACUCUGUCGACUAUCAGUGACUCCGUUCGAGUCCGAUCGGCUCGGUUCUGGACAGUGUUCUGCUUGCUAGAGAUUCAAACGAACAACAAUUGGCCAGCAUUCCGUUUUUUUUUUGUAGA